GCCGUUGGAUCUCGAAGAUGGCGGCGGCGAUCGGGAUGAUGGACGGAGCGUAUUUCGUCGGGAGGAACGAGAUCCUGUCGUGGAUCAACGCCACCCUCCAGCUCAGCCUCUCUCGCGUCGAAGAGGCAGCAUCUGGUGCUGUCCAGUGCCAAAUGAUGGACAUGGUCCAUCCUGGGAUUGUUCCCAUGCAUAGGGUAAAUUUUGAUGCCAAGACUGAGUACGACAUGAUUCAAAAUUACAAGCUUCUGCAGGACGUGUUUAACAAGCUGAAAAUAGAAAAGCACAUUGAAGUCAACAAACUUGUUAAAGGACGGCCAUUGGACAAUUUGGAGUUCCUACAAUGGCUGAAGCGCUACUGUGAUUCUGUAACUCAUGGAAUUAUGAAUGAAAACUACAACCCUGUCGAGAGACGAUGCAAAGGAGGGAAGGAGCGGAAGGGUUCUCAGAAGUUCUCCAAAUCAUUGCCACAUAAUAGCCUACCAAAUCGUGUUUCCACAGAUGGUGCAAAGCAAGUUUCCCCAAUAGCUAAUGAGGAAAUUUACGUAAGCCAAAUAAGGGAACUAUAUCAGAAGGUACCUUACAAGUACUAAAAACACAUAUACUCU